CAUUCAUUUCUUUGACAUUUUAAAAAUAGUAACAUUUAUUUUGAAUUGUUUGUUUCUAGCUUUUUCGAAAUCUAUUCGAAAAAUUAUUUAAUCGUGUUAUCGGAAUAAAAUGACUACUUGGUAUUAUUGGUCCAAAGCUCAAAAGGCCAAACGCAGUAGUAAUAACAACAUCCACGACUAUUAUACAGAACUACCAGAGGCGUUAAUAAAAACAAAAGACGAUAUCGAUUCAAAAUGCAGAGUUUGCUUGCAGAAGGGCACGUUUGCGAUAUUUGAAAGUGAAGAUGAAAACUCUGAGGAAGUUGUCGAAGCCUUGCAGACAUUUGGAGACAUUUUUGUUAGUAACCAAGACGAAUACCCGAAAUUGCUUUGCAAGACAUGUUACAAUUUCAUAAAGACAGCUAAACUGUUCAGAAAGACAGCUAAAAAGGCCGAAGAAAUCCUCAGACAGCCUCUCAAAGAAGAAACUUACCUUGAUCCAGGAGAUUCACAUCACAGCUUCAGUGACAAUGAAUUAAGUGAAAUAAAACCAUCAGAAUUCAAAUGGCCAGAAAACAAUGAGGUCGUAGAAGAAAAAGUAGAGACCAUAAAGAAAGAAAAAGCAGAAAAAAAUAAGAAUCCCCCUAAAAUCACUUGUAAUAUUUGCAAUAAAAUAAUCAACAAAUCUUAUUACAGAGAGCACAUGACCUUACAUGAUUCCGAUCAAAAGAAAUUUGUGUGUGACAUUUGUGGAAAGUCGUUCAGACUUCGAUGUGCCUACCGCAACCAUAGUAUCCGGCAUAGAAAUGAUUUUCCUCACAAAUGCUCUUUUUGUCCAUACAGAGGACGGUAUGCUGAACUCCUCAAGACUCAUAUGAGAACUCAUACAGGGGACUAUCGGUAUAUGUGUACAGAAUGCCCAGCGCGAUUCCUAUUCAAAAGCAAUUUAAACAGCCACAUGUUUAAGCACAAAGAACCCCAACAUAAAUGUGAUACAUGUAAACGAGCUUUCCACACUACACUAGCGUUGCAGAGACAUUUUGAAGCAGACCAUUUAGGAAUUAAAAAUCAUGUGUGUAACAUAUGUGGCAAAGCAUUUGGAUAUAGAAAUGCAAUGAUGAAACAUCAACGAAGAGUACACAAAAGGGAAAAGCAACUAUUUGGCCGCAUGCCAUCAUAUUUGGUGGCAGAGAAGAAAAAACAGGAUGCUAAUAUGCUAUAAAUAUCUCUCAAAUGUUUAGGAAAUUACUCAAUUUACCCUUGGUAGUGUUUUAAAAUAAAUUAUGAUGAAAAGAAGCAACUUUAAUGUUUUUACAUAAAACUCACGACUUCCCUCCCAAAUACCUAUGCUAAAGAAAGUGUUCCUCAAUAUUGAUUAACUCAGUCUAUUUCAGCAUACAGCCAUAUUUUACAAAAAAAAUAUAUACUAA